AAAAGUGAUCAUCUUUCAAGGUUUUUAGUCCUUGACAUAAAAUUCCUCCCUUUCUCACAGAUUCCUGUGAGGUGAUAUAGCAGCCGUAUAUAUAUACGUCCUAAUUUGAUCCAGGUUCUUUUUGUUAUAUAGCCUGUCACAAGUACGAACAAAUAGAUUAUACCAUGUCUAUACCUUUCAAAGACGCGCUCCAGAAGCUCGAAAACCGACGUGUCAAGUCUACUAGGCCGUUGAUACCACCGCAGAUUCUCCAGGAAGACUUACCUCUGACCCUUUUGGCUGCCCAUACUGUCCUGGAAGGACGAUGUGCUACUGAAAACAUCCUCAGGGGAGACGACGACCGUCUCAUGGUGGUCGUUGGACCUUGUUCAGUUCACAAUGUAGAAGCUGCCAUUGAGUAUGCAAAGAUACUUAAAGACUAUGCGGAUCAAGCCAAAGAGGACUUGCAUAUCGUUAUGCGCGUCUACUUUGAAAAACCGCGGACAACUUUGGGAUGGAAGGGCUUGAUCAACGAUCCUGACAUGAACGGGAGUUUCCAAAUCAACAAAGGACUCCGUAUGGCCCGGACGUUGCUAUUGGAUAUUGCGAAGAUGGGUUUACCCGCAGGAUGCGAAUUCCUCGAUACCAUCUCUCCUCAAUACACUGCCGAUUUGGUCUCAUGGGGCGCGAUCGGCGCGCGAACCACUGAAUCACAAGUCCAUCGAGAACUCACGUCAGCACUCUCGAUGCCAACUGGCUUCAAGAAUUCAACGGAUGGAACCGUUGGGAUUGCGGUUGACGCAUGUCGAGCUGCUCGCAGCGGCCAUGUCUUCCUCAGCGUCGGUAAAGAAGGCCUCAGCAGCAUUGUCGAGACAGAGGGUAACCCUGAUGUGCAUGUCAUCCUUCGAGGAGGAGCUAAAGGGCCAAACUACGCCGCGGAAUAUGUCCGCGAGUGCGGAGAAAAGCUAACCAAGGCAGGCCUUGCUUGUAAGAUCAUGGUUGAUUGCAGUCACGGAAACAGCCAGAAGCAACACCGAAAACAGGUAGAAGUUGUGGAGGACAUCGCUCAGCAAUUGGAGUCCGGUGACACAUCGUCCCACAUUAUGGGGGUGAUGAUUGAGUCCAACUUGGUGGAAGGUCGUCAAGAUAUUCCCCCAGCUGGACCUGCAGGCCUCAAAUACGGCCAGUCUGUCACAGAUGCCUGUAUUUCGUGGGAGAUGACUGUUCCAUCAUUGGAUCGUCUACGCGAGGCUGUUCGUAACCGUAGGCAGCUUGUUAAGAGAGAAGCAAAAGGCCUGGACGCCAAUGGUGUUAAGGCUAAUGGUGCGAAUGGUCACUAGAUGUGACCUCGCAGUUCACCCAAUCACCCAACAAUCUGUAUUUGUGUCGUAGAUGUAAUUUAUAUGGAAUAUAUGAGUACCUGAGAGAGAGUUGAUC